CGGUUUCUCUCUCGUUUCCUCGCUGUGACUCUCUUCUUCUUCUUCUUCUUCCUCCUCUCGAUUUCUCCAUUUUGAGAUUAAACACACCCAGAAAAAGGAAUAUACAGGUUAACGAAGAGAAAAUCGACAAUGGCGGACCAGCUCACCGACGAUCAGAUCUCCGAAUUCAAGGAAGCCUUCAGCUUAUUCGACAAGGAUGGCGACGGUUGCAUUACCACCAAGGAGCUGGGGACUGUGAUGCGUUCUCUUGGACAGAACCCAACCGAAGCAGAGCUCCAAGACAUGAUCAACGAGGUUGACGCUGACGGUAACGGCACCAUUGAUUUCCCCGAGUUCUUGAACCUCAUGGCUCGUAAGAUGAAGGACACCGACUCCGAGGAAGAGCUCAAGGAAGCUUUCCGUGUCUUCGACAAGGACCAGAACGGUUUCAUCUCGGCUGCUGAGCUCCGUCACGUGAUGACAAACUUAGGCGAGAAGCUCACGGAUGAAGAGGUCGAUGAGAUGAUCAAGGAAGCUGAUGUUGAUGGUGAUGGUCAGAUCAACUAUGAGGAGUUUGUUAAGGUCAUGAUGGCUAAGUGAUGUGCUUUUGGUUUUGGUUUGCCUCUCUCUCUCUCUUACUAAAAACUCUUUUAUGUAAUUCUUAUAUUUACUUAUGUAUGUUGUUAAAUUUUUAUUCAUGGGACUCGGUUCUGUUUUCUGGUUGUUUUAAGACCAAAUGCCAUCUAUUUUAUGCUUUGUGUCUGAAGUCUUGUCUUUUGUUUUGUUUUGUAAUUGUGUAACUUCGUCUAGUUUGGUGGUUUCUUGUUAAUUCUAGUAAUGUAUAAGAAGUUGAAUUCUACGCA